CAGACAGUCAAGCGAUCAAGCUACUUAUAUAUUCAGUGUCUUGAAAAUUCUGUUACGGGAGCUAUUAGAACUUACAAAAAAUAAUUGAUAAGAUGUUCUCCCUUAUCAUAUCAGGGUUCCUUACAAUACUAUUUUUAUUGCAUUACUUUACAAGAUAUGGCAGAAUAGGAAAUAUUUCUAGUCGAAUUGUUGGACCUAAAGCAUAUCCCAUAAUAGGAAAUAUUCAUCAUUUUCAAAUUGACAAUGAACAACUACUAGAAAAAAUUUGGAAAAUUAAUAAGGAAUUUUCUCCAAUUAACAGAUUGUGGUCAUUAUCCUAUUCAUUAAUAACUAUAAUUCAUCCGGAAGAUGUCGAGAUACUUUUGAAGAGUACGCAACAUCUAGAAAAAACUAUCCCUUACAAAUUCUUACAACCUUGGCUUUCCACGGGAUUAGUAACCAGUGCAGGUGAAAAGUGGCAACAUCGACGAAAAAUGUUGACACCAACUUUUCAUUUUAAUAUCCUUAAACAUUUUGUCGUCAAUUUUAACGAGGAGGCACAAUAUCUCGUAACAUUACUGAAAGAGGAAGGAAAAGGAAGACCGAUUAUCAAAGAUUUACAGGAAUUUUUACCUGUACACACUUUAAACGCGAUAUGCGAAACGGCUAUGGGAAUCUCUUUAAGAGGAACGGGCGAAUUUGAAGCUAAAUAUCGCCAUGCCGCUCAUGAUUUUGGCAAAAUAGUGGUCUAUAGAUUAGCAAGACCUUGGUACUUUUUCGAUACUAUAUUUGCAUUAACGCAACGUGGUAGGCAACAAAAGGAAUUGUUGAAAACGCUUCACGGUUUUUCGAAAAAGAUAAUAGCAGAAAGGAUACUAUUUCACGAACAAACUAAGGGGAAAUAUUUAGAAAAUGUUGAAGAAAUGGAUGAGAAUCAGAUUUUUUCCGAAGAAACCGACGAAAAAAAUAAAAAUCCAAUAUUCAAGAAAAGACUGGCUAUGCUAGACCUACUUAUAGCCGCUUCACUGAAUGAUAAUCAAAUAGAUGAAGAAGGAAUACGAGAAGAAGUCGACACUUUUAUGUUUGCGGGUCACGAUACUACGGCAAUGGCGUUAUGUUUUGCUCUGCUUCUUUUUGCGAAACACAAAGAUGUUCAGGAACGUAUAAGAAAUGAAGUGAAAACGAUUAUGCAACAAAAUGAUUGUAAACUAACUAUUCAAAUCCUACGAGAAUUUUCGUAUUUGGAAAGAUGUCUCAAAGAAUCACUACGUUUAUAUCCAAGCGUUCAUUUUAUAGCUCGUUAUAUAUCUCAAGAUCUGCAGCUGAAGAAUUUUUUAAUCCCAGCCGGUUCAAUCUGUAACGUAAACAUCUAUAACUUACACAGAAAUCCAAAUAUUUGGACAAAUCCUGAUGUUUUCGAUGCGGAUAGAUUUUUACCUGAAAAUACGAAAGGACGUAAUCCUUAUUCCUUCAUUCCAUUCAGUGCAGGACCAAGAAACUGCAUCGGUCAGAAAUUCGCAAUGUUCGAACUCAAAAUCAUGGUAGCUUAUAUAUUGCACAACUUCUAUUUGGAACCUGUAGAUGAACUGGACGAAGUUAAAAUGUCAGGAGAUAUUACAUUGUGCUCAACAAAACCAAUUCGUGUCGAAUUUAUACCUAUAAAAUAAUAGUACAUCUUCUUUAUCGGGAUUGCAUGCAUCAUUUCGAUGGUGUGAUCUAUAAGGCGAAAUUAUCAUAUGUAUAAUGUUGGCAUUCGAAACAUAAUCAUAUCUUUUUUUCCGCUUAUGUUUAUUCUGUGUAUGUAUUUUUGCUUUUCUUUUUUUCUCUUAUUUUGUACAAUUCAUUCUAUCCUCCGCAGUGAUGUAACAUUUUUCAACCUAUUAAUUUUUCCGAUCAAUACUGUUUGCUAGAUUCCAUUUUGCCUUUAUCAUGCCUCAAAGAAAAUAAAAAAAAUUCAUCGUCUCGGAAACCUGUCUCUUCCAUUUUUUUUUUUAUUUCUUUUUUUUAUCGGUAAGUUAGUCCAAUUUCUUAUCACUGCACCAAUGAUUUAAUUAGGUUUUAAUGAAUUUAUGAUAACUAUCACAAGGUAAUUAUAGCGAUAAAAUAUGUAAUAUCGAAUAUUUUUUAUAAAUGAAUAUGUUGUCUUUAACAAAAUAUAAAAUCCAUAUCAGAAGUAUAUAGUAAAUGAAAUACCAUGAGAUAGUGUGAAUCGUUUCGAUAAAAAGUUAAAAUAUGUGAACUAAAGAAAUAAACGCGAAAUUAUUAUAAUAUAAUAUUAGCACAAUCACACCUUUUCUUUUUUUUUUUUAUUCUAUGUAUAUAUCCUUACCCUUAUCUCAACAACCUUUCUUUCAUUCCAUUUAUCUUAGGAGAUAUAGCAGUUUAACAUUGUUAAGAUAUUCCAAUCAAUCAUUUUUGAUCGAUUUACUCAUUUUGCCUUCGUAAUAUUUCGAAGAAAAACAUGAAAAACUCGGCGACUCACAAACCCUAUCCCUUGUUUUUUUCCUUUACAUAUCUCUUUCUGUUACAAAUGCUGCAAAUCCUCUUAUCGCUGCAUC